UUAAUACUGCGGAAAACCAUGCGACAUGCCCUACGAAUGUCUACAAUCCAUGUCCGCAUAACAAGACUACAUAUUUUAGUGGGGCAUAGUGUGCAAGUAAGGUGAAAACAGCCGCAACACGAGGGCGCGUGUGAAAGUUCACGAAAGAUGGAAAAAAUCCAGAAUUUAAAGAGGGAGUGGGAUGAAUUAGCUACAGAAUAUAAAGAUUUAGAGGCUGUCAAUCAGAACUACCUGGAACUCCUGGAAAGUCUUGAGGGGUUGCAGCAGAAAUGCAGAAAGGACAUAAAACAUCAGCGGUACAGGCUGAACCAAAUCGGUCUCGGUAUGAGCAAGUUAAACAUUCCCAACAGCAGCUCAUUACCAUCAGAGUACCAAGAUAUGACUGCGGAAAUCGAGAAAGGGAUGAUGAAGCGAAAAGCUCAGCUGCAUGAAAUUGAACAGACUCUACCGAAGGAAAAUGGACUUUAUUUGAAAAUUAUCUUGGGCAAUGUAAAUGUGUCGAUUCUCAAUAGGAAUGACAAGGUGCGAUAUAAGGAUGAUUAUGAAAAGUUCAAACUGAUCCUGAAUGUUAUCGGACUUUCGAUGGCGCUCCUCAAUCUUGUUGUGAACUACAGGGCACUAGAAUUGGCCUUUAUGUUCCUUCUUGUGUGGUACUAUUGUACUCUAACAAUCCGGGAGUCAAUUUUAAAGGUCAAUGGGUCGCGGAUUAAAGGAUGGUGGCGGGCACACCACUUCAUAUCGACCGUUUCUGCGGGUGUGCUACUUGUGUGGCCCCAAGGAGAACCCUGGCAACUUUUCCGCAGUCAAUUUAUGUACUUUAACGCCUAUAUAAGUAUGGUUCAAUACUUACAGUUUCGGUAUCAAAAAGGUGUUCUGUAUCGACUUAAAGCUCUCGGUGAAAGGCACAAUAUGGACAUUACAAUUGAGGGUUUCCACACAUGGAUGUGGAAGGGUAUUGGUUUCCUUUUACCCUUUCUCUUCAUUGGCUACCUUUUCCAAGCAUACAAUGCUUGGGUUCUCUAUAAACUUUCUGAGCAUCCAGACGCCACAUGGCAGAUUCCAAUGAUGAGUUUCCUGUUUUUGGUUCUCUUUAUUGGCAACACCACAACGACGAUGUUGGUUAUUCCGCAGAAGAUGAGAGAACGCGCAAAGGAUCAAUAUAGGCUAAAGAGUUUAUCAUGGGCUCUUAAAAUUAGAGAUCAAAUUAAGGGUGACAAGAGGAAAGCAUCGGAAAAAUCGUCGCCAGUGAAUUCCAGUGAGAAGAAAGGGGAUUAGGCUAGUUUUUGCCGACAAUAGCAUACACAAAAAAAAUGGAGCAGGGCAUCCAGUUGAUCCAUCGGCUAUGGUGAAGUAAAACAAAUUUUCUUCGAUUUUUUUUUCUGUUUUGUUUGUAUUUGAGAAGAAAAAAAGGAGAUAUAAAAAACACAAAGAGUAUAACUUUGCAAAGUACAAAAUAUCAGGAAUGUAAAAAAAACACGCGUAAAAAUUAAUAAUUAAUUUAUUUGAGAGAGGGUGUCUUGGGUCUCUAUGUGACUUUAUUCUUGGUUAGAAGUGGGAUUAGAAAUAAAAUAUGUUUAAGUUUUGAGCAUGUUAGGGAGAAUUUAACAGGUUCUUUUUAUGCUGUAUUAGCAGAGUUAGUCUUUUUUUUUUUAUUCAAGUAUAUGAUUACUUUUUAUAUUGCGAUUUAUUUUCAUAAUGUUAUGUCAUUUUAAUUUUUUUUUAUCAUUCUUGCUUUUUCGCUACACACAUAUUUUUUCUCUCUUACUUCAGCGCAGUCUCAAGAAUUUUCUAACUAAAUCUUUCGUUGUGAAUAUACAGCUUUUUUGCACUGGAAAAAAUAAUCAACAAAAGAUCCUUUUAAAAGGUUGAAAUGUUUUUUUUUUCUAUUGACGUUUAAGUAUAAUUAAUUUUUUAUUAUUUAUGGAACAAAAAAAGUUGGCAUAAUUCACGAAAGAGAAUUUGAGACUUAACCACCGACCAGAAUGCGCUUAAUUAAAGAAUUUUCAAAUUUUUUUUACGUCAA